AUGAAUGCUGAAGGCCUCCUCCGUAGGCAAGGCUGGCGUGGCGCCGGCUUCUCCCUCGACACCUCUGACCGCGGCAUUAAAAAGCCGCUCCUCAUCAGCCACAAGCAGGACCAACUGGGCUUGGGCAAGAAGAAAGCGAGCCACACGACAGACGAUCAGUGGUGGAUGAGAGCUUUUGACGAAUCCCUACAGAACUUAGGAACCGGUCAAACGAGCACGCUUAGCCAGAUCCAAGAGAAAGGAAUCAACCGAGGUGGUCUCUACGGAUUCUUUGUGAAGGGCGAGGGUCUGAUCGGAACAAUUGGCGAUGAGAGUUCAACGCCUACGAGCAGGACGAGCACGCCGCCUACCACUGCGAAAGGCGACGACAGUACCGACGAGAGCGACAGCGACUCGGAGUCUACGAGCAGUAACGACGCUGCAUCCGAUGCUGCGAAAAUAACAAAGUCGAAGAAAGGCCAGAAUAAGCGGAAGUGCGAAGCGGAGGACGAUCUGCUGGUCACCAAGAAGUUGAAACAAGAAACCGAUGGGAGGAAGGUGAACGCACGGGCUGUGGCAAAAGCAGAGGGUGAAGUGCGGACAGCAUUUGGUACUAUCAACGCAGAUGAUUGGCCAAAGCUAUGUGCUUUGACGUCCCGGAUUAGCAAGCAAAUCAAAGCGAGGGCCAAGAAUGACGAGAAGGCUGGUGCAUACGGUGAUGCGGCGAACGUAGAAGACCCGAAGAACCCUGGCAAGAAGCUCGCAAAGAAAGCCGCGAAGGUCGAACACCAGAAGGUCAUACGGGCUGCAAAGAAGCGUAUGGUCAAGGAGUCGGUUGUAGAAGCUAUCGUGAAGGGCGAACUGCCGAUGCUGAAUUCCGAGAACUGGUCAAGAGAAGAGAUCUUGAAGAACUACGGCGAAAUUAAGAAGGUCAUCAAAGCCGUCGAGAACGCCAACAAGAUGUCGAACAAGGCACAACGACAAACUAGGAGAGGACAGAGAAGAGAGGCAAAAGCAAAGAGGGCUCGCGGCAAGAUCCGCGAAAAGACCGAUGCGCUACGCCAGUCUACUUUCGACACGCACCUCGCUCAACUGUCGCCGGAAAAGCAGAUCGACUACGCAGCUCGCGCAGCAGAGAAGGGGCAAACGCUGGAAGAAUAUACGCUCCGACGCAUGGAAAAGAAGGAAGCUAAACGUUUGGAGAAGAAACCAGACAAGCAAGAUAAGAAGAUAGCUCUUGUUGAGUCAAAAGGCGAACCUCACAAUAUCGCGCCUUGGAGAACCCAGAAGAAGGCGCAGAGGAAGGUUGACCAGGAGCAGAAAGACAAGAGUACGAAAUUGGCCGGUAAGCUAGAGACGAAACAUAAGGUUAGUCAGAAAGCAAAGGCGAAGAAUGCGGAGAAGACUGAGGGGACGAACGAGGAGGGGCCAGGGUACGGGGAAUGA